GGCCUCCGUGCUCUGCGCGCAACAGCAACGCCGCUCCGCGGCCCCGAUCAGGAAGUGAAUCUGAAGAAAAAAUAACGCGACUGUGUGGAGGUAGGAUGACAUAGAGGAGGAGAAGUGGGAGAGAAGCAAGCGUAGAGAGAAGAGGCUCGAGGAGGGAGGAAUCGGCCCCCGUUUCUGGACCUAUAUUGAGCUGCUCCCCUCUGGGAUAUAACGCACCGCCAAAAAAAAAAAAAAAAAAAAAAAAAAAAAAAAAAAUGCUCAUAAAGGAAUUCCGAGUGAUUCUUCCUAUCUCUGUGGAAGAGUACCAGGUCGGCCAGCUGUACUCGGUGGCCGAGGCCAGUAAGAAUGAGACGGGAGGAGGAGAAGGAGUGGAGGUGCUAAAAAACGAACCCUACGAGAAAGAUGGAGAGAAGGGGCAGUACACACACAAAAUCUACCAUUUGCAGAGUAAAGUCCCGUCGUUCGUCAGAAUGCUGGCUCCAGCGUCGGCUCUCAACAUCCACGAGAAGGCCUGGAACGCCUAUCCAUACUGUCGCACAGUUAUCACUAAUGAGUACAUGAAAGAUAACUUCCUGAUCAAGAUCGAGACAUGGCACAAACCCGACAUGGGGCACCUUGAAAAUGUACACGGUCUAGAUGCAGAAACCUGGAAAAAGGUGGAUGUCGUCUAUAUUGACAUCGCUGACAGAAGCCAAGUGGAGCCAAAGGACUACAAGCCAGAGGAGGAUCCUUGUAGGUUCAAGUCAGCAAAAACAGGACGAGGGCCCCUAGGUCCAGACUGGAAGAAAGAGCUUCCCAACAAGAAAGACUGCCCGCACAUGUGUGCCUACAAACUGGUCACUGUCAAGUUCAAGUGGUGGGGCCUGCAAAACAAAGUGGAGAACUUCAUUCAAAAGCAAGAGAAGCGUUUGUUCACUAACUUCCACCGUCAGCUCUUCUGCUGGAUCGAUAAGUGGAUCGAAUUGAAUAUGGACGACAUUCGUCGCAUGGAGGAGCAGACGCGUAAGGAGCUCGACGAGAUGAGAGUGAAGGACCCGGUGAAAGGGAUGGUGGCUCUAGAGGACUGAGGUUGUGUCGGGCUGUGAAUGCUGCUGCUCAUCAGACCUGAAUACCCGGACACCAGCGGAUUCACAUCCUCCUUUUGUCUCAACCGACACAACUCCUGACCGGACGGU